UUAUUCUCCCUUUAACUACACUUGAGAACAGCAAAAUGUUUAAAUUUUUCUAUAUUUUCGUUGCUCUUUCAAUUAUUUUCAAUGGACAAUCAGCAUCAGCCGCUAGGAAAAAGAAACCUGAGUUGGUUCCUGUAGUUUAUAGUUCAAAACUAACAAGUUACGAGAUAGAACCUAACAAUAAUAUAAUUGAAAAUAAAGAAAAAGGUUUAAUUCAGUGGAAUGAAGAAGUGAAAGAAGGUCCAGAAGAUCUUCAGAUUUACAUUGAAUAUGAAGGUGAAGAUCAACCGCUUGAAGAUUUAUGUAAAAAAGGCGCUCAAACUAUAUUCCCAACAGUAAUAAAACGAUUCCUGGGAAUUGAAUCUUGUCCAAUAAAAAAGAAUUCACUUUCCCUUAUUGCGAGAAAUUACUCAAGACCUGGCCAACAAGGGAAAGACAACUGUGAGAAACCACAAGAUUUCAUUUUAAAAUUAUUCCAUAAAAAGGAGAAGAAAUCCAUCAUGACUUUGAAUGUAAGACAAGAAGACAUAAGACUUGCAGCAUGCAAAUAAUUUCAGCGAGUAUCAAUUAAUAAGCUUGUCUAGAAUUUUCCUAAUUUAUAGAUUUUUGAAUUCUUUGUAAAUUCAUCUGGUUAUGGUUCGUUUUUGUCAAAAUGUUAAAAUAUACAAAGGUGUAGGAAAAUUUAAUGUAAAAGAAAAAAGUUUUCUAUUUUAAACAAUAUGUUAAAUUUUAUAUUGGUUGCUUUUAGUUAUUAAGAAUGUUUAUCGCGCAGUUAAUUUAAAAGUAUCGAAUUUGCAUCAAAAUGCUUAAAUUUCACUGACAAUUAGUUAUUCUUAACUGAUUCAAAUUGAGCGCGAGCACUUUUAAAUUAAUUGUAAGUUUUUAUUUCUUUAGAUUCAUUCUUUAAUAUAGUAAAGAAGUUAAAGUUUAUUCUCUAAUGGGUUAAAAUAAACAAAUAAAAUAGAAAUAAAAAAA